GCUCUGCUUCUAAGGGGCCAAGGCACACCCUACUUCCUGGCAAGGGCCCACGACUGUUCCUUUUAGCGGGGCUUUGACUGGCUGCUGUUCUACUGUUCUUAAGCUGCAGUUUUGGUCUUUUUAGCCUCUCUGCAAACACUUGUCCUAAUGGAUGGGGAUACGGAUGGCAUCUCCUUCCAUCAGCACCCUGUGCAAACGCUGUAAAUGGCGGCUUCUCAUCUUCCUAUGGGCACCCCCCUUCCUGCCCCCCAGAGCAUGCGUCCUAGGUCCAGAGAAUUAGAGCCCCUCUUUCUCCACCCACCCUGCCCCAGAGCAAAGACCAGGAGCCCCCGGUUCUGGGGCCCCAGGGAGGAGUCUCGUCCCUACCCAGAGAUUCUCCUCGUGACCACUGCCCCCCGCCUGGGCUGGCCACAAACCACCUUGAGCUCAGUUCUCCCAAGGCGGCCUAAGAAGAGUCUGGAUCCCCACCUGUCAAAAAUGCUGGUGUGUUGGUGUGUGUGUGUGUGUAGGGGGAUGAGGCUUAACUUGCAGUGGUGGGGGGCGGGGUGGCGGCCUCCAAAGGCCUUUAGGUCCAGGCUCCCAAAUCACCGAGGUGCACUGGCCACCUAAUGGCACAGCGGGGAAUGCUUGACUAACAAGCAGAAGGUUGCUGGUUCGAAUCCCCACUGGUACAGUAUCAGGCAGCAGCGGGGAUCUAGGAAGAUGCUGAAAGGCACACUGUGAGGGAAGAGGUAAUGGUCCACCCUUCCUGUGUUCUACCAAGGACAACCGCCGGAGUCAAAACAAUUCCCACACUUUCACUUUCCAAGCCGCCUUGAGCUCAGUUCCACCAGGUGGCCGAAAUUAGCCUAAUUAGUGUCCGGCUCUCCUCCCUCCGGGCUGCCCCGCGCCUUAUUAGGGCGGACUCCCAGCAGCUGGGCGAGGAGCAGAUCCGUAGCAUGGAAGGUGCUGAGGGUUGUUGCUCUUGUGGCCCCUGCCGCCGGUGCCGCCGCUGCUGCCCCUGCUGCCCGUGCCGCGGAGGGGCGCCCAGGCCCGACAACCCGGCUCCAGAGCCCCCUGGGAGCCCCAUUGCUGGGCCGAGCCAGGCUUCUGGCACAGUCCGCCCGCAAGCAGGUAGCCGGCGGCCUCUGCCGCCGCCACCGGGGUCCGAGUCGGAGCCGUCGGAUUCGGAAUCGGUGCCGUCAGAGUCGUCCUCGGCGGCGUCAGUGCGGGUCUGUGCGGUUCAGGGGACCCAAAGGCAGCCAGCAGGUGGCCCCGGGGAUCCGCAGGCCUGCCUGGUCUGUGGCGAGCGCGGAGCCAGGAGGCACUAUGGCGCCCUCGCCUGCGAAGCCUGUCAAGCCUUCUUUGCGAGAAGCAUCAGCCGCAGGCGUGUAUACCACUGCCCCCAGAACAGGAACUGCAUCAUCACGAGGGAGACUCGCAACCAGUGCCGUUACUGCCGGCUGCAGAAGUGCCUCCGGAGCGGCAUGGACCCAUCAGCCAUCCGGAGACGCCGUUGAAAGAGCACGAAGGUCAGAGGAGUGCCCUCAUAUGAUUAUGAUCCGAGUGAGGAGGACAAGUGAGGAGCAGCCAAAGGCCUUGCGCCACCCCACUCGAGGCCUUGCCCAUCCUCACGGGAAGGCCAGCAGGCAGCCUGGGCCUGGCUCUUCGGGACCCUGCGUGGCUCUCUCCACAGCGGUGCUUGGCAGGGCAGGCCAGGCGGACGUCCUCAGGGCGGGUGGGUUCCACACCUCCAGGUCCAAAGAGGCCUUUCCCCGUGACUCUGGGGGUGCCAUCAGGCUGAGUGCGCACCCUCAUCUCCAAACUAGAGGGAGAGCAAUGGCCACCUUUGGGGUGUCCCAUUUCUCUCUCUCUCCUUACCUAUCCACUAUGUAAUCCUUAAGAUUAGAGAUAGGUCUUUCCUGUCUAAGUGUAUUUAACCAAUAAAUAUUUAGUGUUUAGUC